UUAUUCAUUUCUGUGUUUAUGAUUGACAGCCUCCAGAGGAUGCUCUUUUUGCGCACCCAAGGGUUUUUAGGGCGUGUGUUCCACCAGGCAUGCAUAGGUUCCGUGGUAAUGUAUGGGAUUAUACAAGCAGACCUCAAGUUAUGCAGACACUGGGGUACCCAUUGGCUAUGAAUGAUAGAAUUCCUGAGAUUACUGAAGCCAGAAACAUUGAACUUGGACUUGGUUUACAGCUCGCUUUCUUGCACCCAUCAAAAUACAAAUUUGAGCAUCCAAGGUUUUGCUUUGAGCGGCUUGAGUAUCUUGGUCAAAAAAUCCAGGAUUUGGUAAUGGCGGAAAGAUUACUUAUGAAGCAUCUCGAUGCUCCUGGGAGAUGGCUGCAAGAGAGACACAGGCGUGUUGUGAUGAACAAAUUCUGUGGGAGAUAUUUGCGAGAAAAGAAUCUACAUCGCUUUAUCAUAUACAGUGAGGAGGUUCAGGAUGCAUUCGAGCACAAUCGUAGGCUCAGGAAUCCAGCUACAACUUCCGUUCAACAAGCUAUCCAUGGACUCUCUUACGCUAUUUAUGGUAAGCCAGAUGUAAGACGCCUCAUGUUUGAGGUUUUUGACUUUGAGCAAAUCCAACCUAAGGUGGUAUGAGUACUAACUAAGAAAUGUUGUUUCUUCUGUCUAGCCCAAUUUGUUGGCAGUGUUGUGUUAUCGGUUUAGCCUUAACCUGUGUCGAUCUAGU